AUGAAUAUAAUCAGUUCAUAUUUUUUACAAAUAUUUAUUAUAAUAUUUUUAAGAAGUUAUGCUUACAAAUUAGAUUACAUUAGAAAAUUAUAUUUUAAUAAAGAAAAAUAUUAUUUUAAAAAAUUUAAUUUACUUAUUAAUCGAAUUGAUGUUAAAAUAUUAUGUGAUGAUAAAUUAAAACAGUACAAGUUAAAUGUUACCAAAUUAAAGCUCAAUGAUUCAUAUAUCUAUUCUUUAAAAAAUGAAUCAGAAAAAAAAGUAAAUAAUUUUGGAGAAAUAAAGGAAUGGAAUAAUGUCUUUGAUAAAAAUCAAAAUUAUGAUAAUUAUAUUUUGAGAAAAAAGAUUAAUAAUAUUAUAAAUAUAUUUAGUAAAUUAAAUAAUACUAACAAAUAUUUAUUCUUUAAGGAUGAAAACACCAUAAAUCUAUACAAUAAAAAAAAAAAAAAUAAUUUGAAAAAAUAUAUAUUAAAUUUAACAUGUAUCUGGAAUAACGUUAUAAAAUUAUAUUUAGAAAAUAUAUAUUUAGAAAUAGUUAAUAUAAUUGGAAAAACGUUAGGAAAUAAAAUAUUUUAUGUAGACAUAAAAAAGGAAUUAGAUAAGAGGAAAUAUGCUAUUAUUGAUAUGCUAUAUGAUAUUUAUAGAAAAAAGUACAUUAAUAACAAAAAUAUAAAUUUAUUAUUUAUUGGAAGCAACGAAUUUAGCAAUUUAUGUUUUAAAAUAAUUUUAUUAAUAAUCAAAAAAUUAAGAAGUGAUAUAAAAUUGGAAAAUGUUAUAACAAAAAGCCCUCAAAAAAAGGGAAGAUAUAUGAUUUUGCAAAGAUCAGAUAUAGAAGAAGAAGCAAGAAAAAAUAAAAUAAGUGUUUUUUAUUAUGAUAAAGUAAAAAAUGAUAUAUAUAUUUUAAAAAAUAAGAUAUUUGAUCUUUGUAUUUCUGUAUCAUUUGGUGAAAUUUUUAAUAAUUAUUUUUUUAGAACAAUUAAUUCUAAUGUUUUUUCUUUACAUCCAAGUUUACUACCGUUAUAUAAAGGAGCAUCACCAAUUCAGAGAAGUAUAUUAAAUAAUGAAAGUUUAUUUGGCUAUACAAUAUUUUUAACAAAUUUAAAUAUUGAUGCCGGUACUAUUUUAAUAAAAAAAGCUUUUUGUUUUGAUAAAAAUUUUAAUUUUAAUGACAUCAUCACCAUUUUAUUUACAAUAGGAAUUAUACACUUAAUAAAAAACAUAUUUUUCUUAUCAAAUUAUAAAUUAAAUCUAAAUGAAACACCAAAUAAUACAUAUAGUUAUUUUACUACUCAAAAUAAUAGAAACGAAUUUUGUGAUUUUAAUGAUAUUCUUAAUAUACCAGAUAAAAAAAAGAAUUCUUUCUCCUCUACUAAUUUUAAAUUAAGCAAUUUAAAUACCACUUUUGAAAACACUGCCAACAAAAGCUCGUUUAAAGACAAUAAUUACGCCCCCAAAAUAAAAAAUGAUGAAAAGUAUAUUUGUUUCUUUUGUUCAACAUCUUUAUAUAUUCAUAAUAAAGUAAGAAGCUUCAUAAAUUGGCCCAAAGCAGAGUGUUCUCUUUUUAUAUUUCAAAAUAAUAGAUUUAAAGUAAUAGAUGUAAAAUUAAUUAAAACAUCUUAUGAAUUAAAUAGUGAUUAUAAUUUUAGUUAUUAUUCUACUUUAUAUAAUCAUAAGUGUUUUGAUAAAAUUCCACGCACAUUUGUAAUAUGUGAUAAAGAAUCCUUAAAUAUUCAAUGCAAAAAUAAUACCUUAUUAAAAAUUCAUAAAUUACAAAGGAGAAAUAAAAAAAUUGUUAAUGCUUUGGAUUUUAUUAAUAGUAUACAUAAAAAUGAUCUAUUAUAUUAA